UUCUUUUCUUGAGUCAGAAAAUUGCCAGAAAAUAGAGAAAACACUAUUUUCUAGAGUCAGAAAUUAAAAGUUCACCUAUUUUCAAACGUGUCCGAAUAUUGUUCGUGUGCUAGUCGUCCAUUCGAAAUGGAAGGUUCAGGCGAUAUGCUAGCAAUAUACAAUUUCAACGAAAAUGAGAUGCUCGAUGGGAACAAUGUUUUAGAAUUUCCUGAUCUAGAUUUUGUUUACGCCGAUGCAGACAGCCAUACAAAUGAAAUUGCCGAGCUUUAUAGCUACACCGAACAGGCAGAAUUCCAGCAAAAUGUUAAGGCAUUUGAAGAUCAAAUGGAACAGUACAAUUUCCCACCUUGCUGGCAGAAACUGGCUGAAAAAAAACAAAAUGGCAUUGUACUCAAACUGCUUGACCAGCUCGAAAUGUCGAAAAAAAGUCUCCGGAUGAAAGCAGCCAGAUGUAUUUUGUACCUUGCGCAAGGUUGUUGGGCCGAAGUUCAAUCCGACCAGGAACAGCAAUUGUGGGCUAGGAAGAAUGUAAUGAUGCUUUAUAGAUGCGGUGUGUUUGGUGCAUUUGUUGAACUACUUAGCUUGGAAAUUGAUAACUCCUCAACAGCAAACAUUGCUAUGCGUAAAAUAGCUGUUUCGCUCGCAGAUUCGAUUGAUUUACGUAUCAUACUGUCAGUGCUAUAUAUUAUAACAGAAGUUAUGCGCGCGGAGAAGGAAACAAAAGGCCAAGAAUAUUCUCAGUUGGUUGCGAAUUUCGUUACAGAAAUAACAAAUCCUAUAGGCGAUGAGUUGUUGCCUGUAAAGCUACUCGGGAUGGUCACACAGUUUUGCACCGGUAUGGCUCCACAUUUUCCAAUGAAAAAAGUACUACUUUUGCUGUGGAAAACAUCUCUAGUGUCCUUGGGUGGCAUGGAUACACUGAAAGAUUUGAAAGAUAAAUAUCGCAGUAUGGCCGGCCUAUCCCAGAAUCGCGAGGACACAUUAGAGAUAUCAAGGGCGAUGCGUGCUAGUUCGCCUCCUAUAACGGCACCUUCAAAUGAUGAUAAUCAGAACGCCAAAAGAAGCAGACCAUCCCGAAGAGUAUGUACGAACCCUAGUCAAACGCAAGAGGGAUUAAUCAAGCAAAGCUCAUUGGACGAACAGGAGCAACUUGGUCUGGAAAUGGAAGCUUCUACAGCAGAAAACGAAGAAGAUAUAACCGAUUACUUUCGCCAGUACGAAGAUCCGAUGAAUGGAACAGGUUCGACUACUUCAGAUGAAACUAUCGCUGACAAUGCUGAAGCACAGGAUCCCAAGAGUUCCCCUCCGCCAGUUGUACUCGUCGAAGAAUUACCACAGGAAAUUACAAAUCGUUUGCCAUGGGCACCUAAAAUCAGACGAAAAGAUAUCGAUCUCUUUCUCAAUAAUUCGCGUAGUAAAUUUAUCGGUUACACUCUGAAGGAUGAUCAUGAAACUCUUGCCGGACUGCCACAACCAAUACAGGAAGGAUUCAAAACAUUGAAAAAGCAUAUGUAUGUUAGCUUGGCCGACGUACAAAUUCGACGGGAAGAGGAUAUAACACGUAACCCGUUGUCGACGACAGAGGGCGAAAUACAGCUUACACCAACCGAAAUAUUAUACCAAGCAAUGCUGCCAAAUCUAUCGCAAUACAUGAUUUCGCUCCUAAAAAUUCUACUAGCAGCUGCACCAACAUCAAAAGCCAAAACGGAAAGCAUCAACAUAAUGGCCGACGUAUUGCCUGAAGAUAUGCCGAUGACCGUCACGCAAUCGACAAAACUGGGUAUUGAUGUUAGUCGCCACAAGGAGAUAACUGUUAAAGCGGUAUCGGCUAUACUGCUUCUGUAUCUGAAGCAUUUUAAAAUUAAUCACAUCUAUCAGUUUGAGUUCAUGUCGCAGCAUUUGGUUUUUGCAAACUGCAUACCGCUAGUGUUGAAGUUCUUCAAUCAAGACAUCAUGAGUUAUGUUGGCUCAAAAAAUGUAAUUCCUAUUAUGGACUUCCCAUCGUGCGUAAUCGGCGAGCAGCCUGAAUUAACUUCAGAAACAAUGAUCAUCGGCGAUUCAGCUCCAUUUUCUUGGCGAAACGUAUUCUCUUGCAUUAAUCUUUUACGUAUAUUGAACAAACUAACCAAGUGGAAGCAUUCACGCAUAAUGAUGUUGGUCGUAUUCAAAUCAGCCCCUAUACUUAAGCGCACAUUAAAAGUACGGCAUGCCCUAAUGCAGCUGUAUGUACUGAAAUUAUUAAAAAUGCAAACUAAAUAUCUUGGCCGACAGUGGCGUAAAUCGAACAUGAAAACGAUCAGCGCCAUUUACGCUAAAGUACGCCAUCGAUUAAAUGAUGAUUGGGCAUUCGGAAAUGACUUAGAUGCACGUCCGUGGGAUUUCCAGGCGGAAGAAUGUGCCCUAAAAAGCGGUGUGGACAGGUUCAACAAUCGUCGGUAUCUGCAAGUGAAUAAUGGCAUCUUGAUCGGCAUUGAAGGACUGGACUACGAUGAUCCAAUCGAAGGAAUAGGAAUUGGAGUGGGUGGUUCUAUAGGUGUUAGCGGUGGCGUUGGAGGUGAUGGAAUGAACGGUGGAGGGUCAACUGCAGGAGGCGGUGCAAUGUGUACAAAUGGUGGCGCUGUGUCGGCACUGGGUUCAUCUGAUCGUUUUAACGCGUGCUAUGGAGGUCUCGCGCGCAAAGCAGAAGAGAUUGAAUUAAGUGAAGAAUUUAAACAAAAUUACGAAAUGUGGCUUCAACAGGAGGUAUACAACAACAACAUAGAUUGGGAUGCAUUACUCUCUGUCGAAGAACUUGAUUAGAGAUUACUGGUAAUUUAGAGGAACACUGAAUACAGAUAACAGAUAAUGUAUCUGUCGCUCUUUACCCCUUUCUAUUGUAUAAAACUCAUGCGAAAAAAAUACAACAGUUUACAAUAUAUUGUUAUUGAAAAACUAUUUUAUCUUGCUGCU